GAAGUUUGUAUCACACUGUGUACUUUGAACUCGCACAAAAUUUAAAUUUUAUUACGCUAUUUACGCUCGACUCGAGUUGAUAUGAGUUGUGAAAUUUAAAAUUAUUGUGUCGUUUGUUAACAAUAUUAAAAACUGUGAUAUCGACAUCAAGUAAACGCAAGUAAUUCCAUGGCUUUUGGCGUUGACCCAAGAUACAAGGAAUAAAUAUUAUAUUAAUGCUGUAAGUUUCAUAAGGGACUCAUUUUCUCUUAUCUACAAUUCUUUAUAAAUUAUAACUGAUAAUACUGCUGCAAAUACUUUUAUGUUAUCAGUAAUUGUUGACUUGUGUGUUGUCAAGGUGUGAUCAAGUCAAAUACCUACCAUUGUUGUGUCACAUUAAGGUUAUUUCAAAAUCAUGAUACUGAAAGCCAAAUUAUUGAAGGCGCUAAUUUUGGGUGCUCCAGCAUCGGGAAAAGGUACUAUUUCAUCUCGUAUUGUAAAAAAAUACAACAUAGCACAUGUGUCCAGUGGAGACAAAUUGAGAGAACAUAUAGAGCAUCAGACAGACUUGGGGAAAGAAGUGAAAAAAUAUUUAAAUGAGGGGAAAUUAGUUCCAGAUGAUUUAAUAAUAAAGUUUAUGAUAACUGAACUGAAAAAAGUUGACAAUAAACCAUGGUUAUUAGAUGGCUUUCCCAGAACGGUCGCACAGGCAAAUGCUUUAUGGAAAACUCAACCUGUCGAUGUAGUGCUCAACCUGGUGGUGCCGUUUGAUGUGAUCAUUGACAGAGUCAAAAACCGCUGGGUGCAUUUGCCUUCAGGAAGAGUCUACAAUAUUGGGUUCAAUACUCCAAAACAUCCCGGUAAAGAUGAUAUCACAAAUGAAGACUUAGUUCAACGUCCUGAUGACAGGCCAGAGGCAGUGAGCCAACGUCUUCAAAUAUAUGAUGGUAUUACACGCCCUGUUAUUGAUUUUUAUAAAGAAAAGGGAAUCCUUGAAGAAUUUGAAGGACGAACUUCUGAUGAAAUUUGGCCGAAGGUAGUAGCCUAUUUGGAUCCUAUAUUUAGCAAGAAGUAGUGCUUUACAGGACUAGAAGAUAGCUUUAAAAUUGGUGCUAGAAUUUUUGAAAAAGUUUUGUAAAGUAUGUUUAAGUAGAAGUGGACUCAUUGUUGUUGUUUGUAUUUAAAGAGAAGCCAUUAUCAAUUAGAUUUAGAUGAAAUUAAAACCAUAUCCGCUAAUUAGAUAUGAUUAGUUGACAUGACAUUCAUUAUAGUCUGAAUUUUAUUUUCAAGGAAUGAAUGUUAACAAACAACUGCCACUGUUAAAGUGACACUUGCAGGCAAGUCAGGGGUUCUCAAAGUAAAGGCUUGCAGAAAAACUUAAAACUAAAUGUAGGUCAGAAAUAAAAUGACAGUUUUGCGGUAGCAUACCUACAUACUUAAAAAAACCUGUACCUUUUUUGAAGGCGGUUUAAAUUAAAGCCAUAGUGCCAUUAGUGAAAAAUUAUGUUUAGCAGCCUGCAACUUGGUCGCCCGGGGGAAUCUCCAUAGUGAUAUCAGUGCAAUAAAUAAACUACCUGACAAAAGCAGCCUUUUUCUAUUAUUAUACCAAAAUGUUUUAUGUUAAAAUUAAGUUUCCUUUUAAUAAAGUAAAUAUUUCUGGAGUAGAAUAUGAAAAGAUUUCUAAUAAAUAUGGAAAAUAUGGACAGUUUAAGUAACUUGAAUGCAGCAAAAGUUUUUUACAUUAAUUCAGUGAGAAUAAAAUUCAGACUAUGGAUUAGUAAAGACUGCUCUAGCUAAUAUGAUAUAGUUUGUGGAAGUAUAAUGAAAAAAAAAACAUGUAAAAAUAUUAUAAACUUAGUAGUUUUGUAUAACUUACAUUUAAGCAAAGUAUAACAAUUCUCAAAUCUGUCUUCCACAUUUGUAAUUAAUUAUAGUCAAUAAACAUGUGUACUUAUAUUUGAUUAGUUUUACACUGCAUGAGUAUUUUGAUGUUUUACAGUGAACUGCAUCAAUGUUUACUUUUUAAUCAUACAUGGCAGUAGGUAUACAAAUAAUAUGUUUAUUAGUUAGUUGUUAAAGUCAUAGUCAAUGUAACCAAAUUAUCUUAGACAAUUUUAUCAUGAUUAAGUAUAUUGCUGUUGAGUGUGAA